ACAUAAUUUUUUCUAGCUUUGUGUAAACAUAUUUUUGUGUGUUUAGGAUUCUCUUUUACUCUUCACUUUUGUCAGUCCUUGGGUUCUGAGUAUUUUCUUUUGGUGUGGGGUUGAAUUUAUUGCCAUUCUCAAACUAGUGCCAUUCUCAAAAAUCACUUCUUUCUUCAACCCAUUUUCCCAUUAUCUUCAUCUCUUCAAAUUCCAAUUCUUUCUUCUCGAUCCAUGGAUUCUUCCACCUAAAAAUUUCAUCUUUUGUCUCUCUGCAAGGUGACUACAUUUACUGGAAACAACAAUUAACUGGGUGUUGGAACUGGGAAUGAAACUGAAACCUUUCAAGUUUUGACAAUUAAUGCACUUUAGGUGGGAUUGAUUUUCUUGAACAAUGUCUAGAGUUACUAAGUGGAAGAUUGAGAAAACAAAAGUAAAGGUGGUUUUUCGUCUCCAAUUCCAUGCUACACAUAUUCCACAAUCUGGAUGGGAUAAACUAUUUAUUUCUUUCAUCCCUGCUGACUCUGGGAAGGUUACAUCAAAAACAACCAAAGCGAAUGUGAGAAAUGGAACUUGCAAGUGGUCAGAUCCAAUUUAUGAAACUACAAGAUUGCUCCAAGACAUUAAAACAAGACAAUUUGACGAGAAAGUUUACAAACUUGUUGUUGGGAUGGGCUCUUCACGAUCUAGCAUCCUUGGUGAGGCCAACAUAGACCUGGCAGAUUUUGUUGAUGCAUUGAAGCCUACAGCUAUUGCUUUGCCUCUUAACGGAAGUGAGCCUGGAGUCACACUACAUGUCGCAGUGCAGCUUCUCACUUCCAAAACCGGUUUCAGAGAAUUUGAACAGCAGAGGGAACUCAGGGAGAAGGGUCUACAGACAACCUCUGACCAAGGUAGUCAUGAUGAAUCUGCUGAUAGCAAAGACUCAUCUCCAGACCAGAAUGUCAAUAAUCACAUUAAUAAGGUUAAUUCAAGACUGAAAUUGAAAAGGGAAUCAAAAUAUCUCCCUCGUACUUCUUCGCUCGAAGGAGAAUCAAGGUUAAAUGACGAGUAUGCUGACUCAGCUGGUGGACUUGACGGCUCUUCUACGACUUCUGAAAGUGUAUAUACUGAAAAGCAUGAUAUCUGCAGCAUAGACUAUUCAGCUGCAAAUAAUUUGGCUGCUGCUUCCGAAGACUGUAGCAGUAGCAGUCUUAUGGGAAAUCUAGAAGCAGCCGAGUCAUCUAUUCUUGAUCUAAAACUGAAGGUGAACAGUUUGCAAAGUCAUUCUGAUGAAAUAGGUGUUGAAACAAAACUUUUUUCUGAGCAAAUUGCUACUGAGAUAUCAUCAGGAGAAGCGCUAGCAAAAGAGGUCGCUGUACUAAAAUCAGAAUGUUCAAAGUUUAAAGAUGAAUUUGAGCAGCUUAAAAGUUCUAAGUUAAGCUUAGCAUUUGCUUGCAAUGAGCCAACUGAGACAGAUAGGGAUAGAUUAUUCCAUAACUUACAGCUUAAAUGGCAUAAAGGGCUUUUGCUCAUGGAAGAUAAGUUAAGAGAUAUUCAGAAGGUAUCAAUGGGAUUUCCUGAAAGGGAUUUUAGGUUCUUUAACUUGGAGUUGGAAAGAGCGGUUGAGAUAUUGCAGGAUCUUAAACAUGAAUCUGGAGAUCCAAUUCCAGGGACUAAAGUUGCCAAUGGAAGAGAGACCAAGAAAAUGGAUUUACAAAUGGGUGAUCAACUUUUAACAGAUAUUGGGUCUGAUGUAGCUUUAUUUCAACCUGAAAGCAUGACUCGUUAUCUUACCGUACCUGGCCUUGUGUCUCACGAGUUUGAUUCUGUAGAUCCCACCCUUGCUAUGAAGGAGAAAAUUUUCGAACUUCUAAGGGAGCUAGACGAGUCCAAAACUGAAAGGGAGGGCUUUGUGCGAAAAAUGGACCAGAUGGAGUGCUACUAUGAAGCUCUUAUUCAGGAACUUGAGCAGAAUCAGAGGCAGAUGAUGGCCGAGUUGCAGAACCUCAGGAAUGAACAUUCUACUUGUCUGUAUGCAAUUUCUGCUGGUAAGACUGAGAUGGAGAAAAUGCACCAAAGUAUGAAUGAGCAGAUAAUGAAAUUUUCUGAAGAUAAGCGCAUUUUGGAAUCUCUCAACAGUGAGUUUGAAAGAAGGACUAUUUCUGCAGAAGCAGCCCUUAAAAGAGCUAGAUUGAACUAUUCUAUUGCUGUCGGUCAAUUGCAAAAAGAUCUCGAACUUCUUUCUUGCCAGGUUCUUUCUAUGCAUGAGACAAAUGAGAAUCUCAUAAGCCAGACCCUUUCCGAUUCUUCACUUUCAAACACUGAUGGUUUCCCGGAGCCAGUGAAUUAUACUAAAAAAUCGGCAGGUCAUGCUUCUAAUCAAUUGCUACGUCAAAAUCACAGUUCUUCCUUUCAAAGACAACAUUUGGGUGAAGACGUUUUACUAAGCGAAUUGAAAAGAUCACUUCAAUUGCAAGAGGGGUUAUACAGACAAGUUGAAGAAGAAAUCGGCCAAAUGCAUUUUGUAAAUAUAUACUCAGAUGUGUUUUCUAAGGCUCUGCAAGAGACAUUACUUGAAGCCAGCCUUAACAUUCAGGACAUGAAAGAUGAAAAUUUUCAACUCUCUAGGCAGAUGGCGCUUAAAAAUCAAUCCAACGAGUUACUGGUGCUGAGAUUGCAGAAUGCUACGAAUGAUAUCCACUCAUUACAGGAGUACAAGGAGAUUUGCAUAGCAAAAAGCAAUGAUCUUACUCAACAGAAUCAAAGGUUAGAGGAUAGUUUAAAAGUUCUUUCUCAUGAGAACAAUCUUCUUACUCAUAAAAUUAAUGAGUUGGAAGUCCUUCUGACAGAUUACAGAAGCUAUAAAAGCAAAUUUGUUGCGUGCAGUGCAGAAAACUCAGAGUUGAAGGACUUACUGAAAAAAGAGAGCCUAGAAAAUGACAAUCUUCAUGAUGAGAUAUCUAUUUUGAAGGAAGAGUUAAAAUCUUUCAGAACUAACUUUGAUGAACUGGAUUCCAUGAAGAAUGAUCUGCAAAAUAAAGUCGUCUUUUUAUCUAAUAAGUUGCAGCAAUUGGUGGCAUCAUAUGAUGAUAGAUGCACUGAACUUUCUCUUUGUAGUAGUUCUGCUUGUUUGGAUUCAGAAUGUGAAGACUUAGAAGGUCUGUUACUGCGACUAGAAGAACAACAACGCAAUGCAUUUGAUAGGAUCCUGAUACUCAUUGAAGAGAAGAAAAAUUUGGCGAGGGAAAAACAUAUGGUUCAAGUAUCUUUAAGCACCGCAGAAUCAGACGCUCUAGUCAUGAAACAGAAGUUUGAGUGUGAUUUACAGAAGAUGGUAAGUGACAUAAGUGUGUCUGGUAUCCAGUUGCAGAAACUUGAAUCAAAUCUUGAGGUGUUUGUUGACAGGAUCAGUGCUGGUCUUAAAUCUGAAGAUAUAUACUCUCAGCAGCACAAUGAAUUGUUUUCCAGUCUUGAUCAUUUGGAAGCUGAACUUCAGCAACUUAAUUCAAGAAAUCAAGAUCUUACUCAAGAAAUUAUAAAGCUAGGUACUCUAUCUAGUGACCUUGAAAUGUGUAAGCUGACCUUAGCAACAAUUACAGAGGAGAAGAAAGCUUUGGAGUUGUCUUUACAGGAUAAAACAGAAGAAUCUGCCAAUAUUUCAUCGGAGAUUAACUUUUUGAAAAACAGUUUGUGCUCUCUGCACAACGAGAAGAAAGCUUUGGAGUUGUCUUUACAGGACAAAACAGAAGAAUAUGCCAAGACUUCAUCUGAGAUUAAAUUUUUGAAAAACAACUUGUCUUCACUGCACAAUGAGAAGAAAGCUUUGGAGUUGUCUUUACAGGACAAAACAGAAGAAUCUGCUAAGACUGCAUCGGAGAUUAAUCUUGUGAAAAACAACUUGUCUUCACUGCACAAUGAGAAGAAGGCUUUGGAGUUGUCUUUACAGGAUAAAACAGAAGAAUCAGCCAAGAUUUCAUCUGAGAUUAAUUUUUUGAAAAACAACAUGUCCUCUCUGAACAAUGAGUUGCAUGAUGAAAAAGUCUUCAGAGAAAAAUUGGAGAAAAAAGUUGCUGAUCUUACCACAGAAUUGAAUGAAAAGCAACACCACCUGCAGGAUUCUGAUAUGAACAGACAAGAACUGGUCCAUCUCAAGCAAGUGGUCAAAGACUUGGAAUUUGAGAAAUCAAAAUUCUCAGAUCUUCUACAGAUAUCUGAGAAACGUCUUGAAGAUGCUUUAAAGGAAUCUUCUUCUAUUAGUUGUCUGGAAAGUCACUUAUCUGAAAUGCAUGAAUUUUCAACAGCCACGGAUGUUGUUACGAUCUUUACCAGAGCUCAGUUCGAAGGUCAUGUAGAGGAACUUACUGAGAAACUUCAUUCUGCUUGCAGACAAGUGGAUGUGCUUUGUGAUAAGAAUCUUGAUUUGGAAUCUGAAUUGAAUCAUUGUCUUUGUAGAGAAUUGAAUUGCAUGGAAGAAAAUAUAACAUUGUCGACGAGUCUUGACUACCUAAAGUCUGAGUUAGCGGUUUAUACUGCUCAGUGUAGAGCACUAAUUGAUCAAAAUAGUGUAACAAUAUCAGAGCUUAAGGAACACAAGAGCAAGACAGAAAAUGUCAGCAACUCUUCUUACUUAUGUGACAGUGAGUGUCAGCUUGAGGUUGUAAGGCUGGAGCAAUUGCUGGAAAAUGUUAGUAGAGAUGGGGAAGGACUGGUUUUAUCAAAUGUAGAAGCUGAAGUCAAAUGUAUAGUUCUCCAAGGAAAAUUGAAUGAACUAGAAACUGCAAUUACUUCAUUGAAACAAUCAGAUAAUGAGCUGAUAAGGUUGCAGAACCAAUGUAACGAGCUUACCAGGAGGCUUUCUGAACAGGUUCUUAAGACAGAGGAGUUCAAGAAUUUGUCUAUUCAUUUGAAGGAACUGAAAGACAAAGCUGAAACUGAGUGCCUUAAUACCCGUGACAAAAGAGGACAUGAAGGACCACCGACCGCUAUGCAAGAGUCAUUGAGAAUUGCAUUUAUCAAGGAACAAUAUGAAACUAAGUUGCAAGAACUGAAACAGCAACUGUCUUUGUCGAAAAAGCAUAGUGAGGAAAUGCUGUGGAAACUACAAAGUGCGAGUGAAGAAACUGAGAGUAGAAAAAAGUCCGAAGCUUCUCAAAUAAAAAUAAAUGAAGAGCUGGGAAUGAAGAUCUUGGAAUUGGAGGCAGAGUUACAGGCUGUAAUUUCUGACAAACGCAAUUUGUUAAAUGCUUAUGACCUGUUAAAGGCUGAAAAGGAGUGUUCCGUGAUAUCACUUGAAUGCUGUAAGCAAGAAAAACAAGAGCUCGAAGCUUCUCUUCUGAAAUGCAGCGAGGAAAAGUCCAAAAUUGAAUCAGAGCUUACCUUGGUGAAGGAAUCAAUUGAGACUUUGAAAUCUAAUGUGAAUGUUCUGAAUGAGGGCAAUGGCACACUGUCUUCAUUAAAUCCUCAAGAAAAAUCAACCCCUGCUGCACCAGACAGUGCAAAUUCAAUCCCCAAUAUACAACCAGAGGAUUCUCUUGCAUUUAGAGUUACAAAUGGAUGCCAAACUCAACAAACUGAAGAGGAUUUACAACAAAAUGAAGAAAAAAAGCAUUUGGCUUUAGCUGAAAGUUUGAAAUCUAGCAUUGAUCACUUGAAUAAGGAGUUGGAAAGGAUGAAAAAUGAUAAUAUGCUUCCUACAGAAGAUGGUCAAAACCACGAGGCGCGUUUUCCUGGUCUGCAAAGAGAACUGACACAGUUACAUGAGGCCAAUCAAGAGUUAGGAAACAUGUUUCCUGUGUUCAAUAAAUUCUCUGUCAGUGGUAAUGCAUUAGAAAGAGUGCUUGCUUUGGAAAUCGAGCUUGCCGAAACAUUGCAAGCCAAGAAGAAGUCAAGCAUCCAAUUUCAGAGCUCUUUUUCGAAGCAACACAGUGACGAAGAAGCAGUGUUCAGGAGUUUCAGGGAUAUCAAUGAGCUGAUUAAAGAUAUGUUAGAACUAAAGACGAGACAUUCUUCCAUGGAGACAGAACUGAAAGAGAUGCAUGACCGUUACUCUCAACUAAGUCUUCAGUUUGCAGAAGUUGAAGGCGAGAGACAAAAACUCAUAAUGACACUUAAGAAUACUCGAGCAUCAUCCAAGAAGGCUCCAAAUUCAUCGACCUACUUCAGAGACCAUUCCUUAUCACCGCACUAGGGUGCCAUUUUUUAGUUUAGUUUACCCCCUUGCGCAGGCCAAUAAUCGAUGAUUGGUUAAAAAUUGAGAUAUUUGUGGCCCCAUUAUAUCUUUCAUUUUGUUUAUUAUAUAGAUAUAGGUAUAUAGAUUAUGUUAUAUAAGGGCCCUCAUCAGCUAUGUCAAGAGUUAUAUUUUUGCAAGGGUUGGUAAUGUUAUCAUUUCAUAAUUUUCACAAGAUGCAGAUAAUAAUUUGUGUAAAUAAACUAGUGUUUGUCAUCAACUCUUGAGUGUUGUAAUUGUUUUUCUGUACAGCGACAAGAUCUUACAAUAAUAUUUGUAUUUAAAGGUCCA